AUGUCCGACGGAGAAUCGGCUCAUCUCCUUAGUAGCAAUGCAAAUGAAUCAUCAGAAAAAGUGUUGUGUAAGUCAUCGGAUGACAUCAUCAAAGAACUUCUUGAGAGUCUCAGCAAGGAAGCCCCUGCUGAGCUGGAAUGUCCAAGCGACGAUGGCAGUCGAAGUGCAGAGUCAGAAGAGCCCGUCGCAAAGAAAAAGAAGAAAUCCAAACGAAAGAAGAAAUCGAAAAAGAAACGCAAGCACAAACAUUCAGAUCAAGAAAAUGAUGAGAACGACGAGUCCGUUGGAAACUUCGAUGGACUGCCUUGUGGAGAAACUUCCAGAGAGGCCUCGGUCGUGAAAACACUGGAAAAUAAAAGCAUUGAAUGCAGUCCAAAAAUUUCAGAGAACCCGCAAGAGUGCCCGAGCAAAGAUUCUGUCUCGAAUGAACAAUUGAACAAUCAUUCGGAACAUGGACGAUCUGAAGACGAGGAAAUGGAAUGGAACGAAGUUACGAGUCCCUAUGUGAUACCGAUAAAAUCCCGCUCUCCUCGAAAGGAUAGAAAAGAUGAGAAGCAAACAAAAUCAAAGUCGGAUAAACCGCGUGAAAAAUCAUCACAGAAGGCUAGGAAUUCGGAAAAGUCCAAAAGUUCAUCGCGGAAAAGAUCGGAGAGAAGCUCUAAAUCAUCUAACAGGCGACGCGGUCGAUCACCGAAGAAACAUUCCUCCUCUUCAUCAAAAAGUCGUCGGAAAAGAAGUCGAUCUCGUUCACCGAGGAAGUCGUCUCACAGAAGCUCGAAACCGUCUCGGACGGAAGAUCGCGGCAAGAAGCGUGAAAGUUCAUCUGAAAAGAAAGAAACCAAAGCUGAAUAUCGCAUUGACAAAGAGCGUUUGUUGCGAAUAGCACAAGAGCGUCUGAUGAUUCGGAAAGAACAGGAACAGAAGUGGUUGGGACCACGUUUCCAACCCAUACCCGAAACUAUUCCUGUGAUGGCGAAUGUUGAUAAAAGCGUGGACGAGCUGACGGCAGUGUGUCGAAGACUUGUGGCCGAAGAUGACGAUACACCCGUGAGUGCUGGUCGAAGUUCGAAGCUGGCAUCCGUUGUUCAUCCUUAUCAAGUGAAAGAUCGUCCUCUACCCUCAAUUGUCCUGAACAUUCGAAAUGCGACGCAGCUUCCCACGAAUUCUCAUCAGGAUAGAACUAUCGCCACUUUGGAGGAGAAAAGGCUGCUCUUCCCGGUGUCGAGUGGCCAGGAUCAUCGGGAGCACGAAGCUCGCGCCUCGAAUUUGCUGCUGAACAAGCCCUCAUUUUUCUAUUUGGUUUCAGAUGUUGCAGAAAGAAAUGUGAAUGGUGAUGAUUCUUCGAACUCCACAGAAAACAAAAGUGUUUUCGAUAUUCAGCCACGUAGCGGAUCGUCGCCUGAGCUUUCGAAAGAGAAGAUGAAGGAACGAAUGAAGAAAAAUUCGAAGGAUUUGGAAGCCAUGAACCAGGUGUAUCCUACUCAGGAGCGUCUUCCCUCGCGGUACAAAAGUCAUCAACUUCCGGGUCAGUUCACAGGAAGCACGGGAGUGAAACCCUUGACGUACGCGGAGUUGAACCAGGGUCCACAAGCUUGGGCCCGUCCUGAUCAAUUCGUGAGGGCGAAUCGUGUUACUGAGGGACCUGGCAGAGCAUUGUUGGAGCGAAUGGGAUGGAAGGAAGGGGAAGGACUUGGAAAAUCGAAAGCUGGUCCCUUGGAGCCGCUCACUUUGGAUAUAAAGACGGACAAACGAGGCUUGGGUAUCCCGGUCAAGCGACAGCAACCUUCUUGUCAAGUGCAGCCCAGAGUGCGUCCUAAUGUCGGGGGUAUACGUUCGAAUACGUCCGCUAAGCCGCUGGAUUUCGCAGGAAAGCAUCCUGUCUCGAUUCUGAUGGAAAUGUGUUCGAAGAAUCAUUGGGAGCCGCCUAUCUGGGAGACCCAGGAUUCCGGUCCUCCGCAUCUGAGAGUUUUCAUCACAUCUGUUACCGUGAGAGGGCAAACUUUCACGCCGGAACAGCCUGUCAACAAUAAGAAACAGUCGAGGCAUGAUGCAGCUUUGGAGUGCCUUAAAAGAUGGGGACUGAUUUUCAAGACGGCGUAGGAUUGUUCAAUUUUUCCAUUCUGUUUUUCAUUUGUGUGAUAUCAGCGAUGACGAGUGAUAUUCGAAUAAGAUUUGUAAAUUGUUGUUCUCUUCCGUAUUGAUUUGUGCGCAAGAAGGAAGUGGAAGUUGAUGCUUAUUUUUCUCAUUAACAGGCUCGCCUUAUUUUUGUGUCUG